UUCUCUUACUGCUUUUUUUCCUGAGGCGGAAGUGGGGCGUGUCGCCGUGUGGGCGGAGCGGCGUGGCUUUCCCUCCCUGUCGACCUCCGGCUUUUGGCCAUGCGGUGGGCGCUGAGGAGGGCCCGAGGUCCGCAUUGGGAAGCGGGCUCCGCGUGGGGUUGUCCGCGUCAGCCCCGGGCGGCGCUUCAUCUCCCUGCUGGGCUUCGGGGGGUGCACCAGGCCGCGUUCCCAUGGCAACAGCGGCACGCGGGCCCACCUCUGGCGAGCGCGGGAAAUAACGGGAAGGGCGCGCUCGUGCCGCAGCGAUGGAGGCACGCGGGCGAAGGCGACCCGGAGCCCAGCUUCCUGAACAUGGUGGAGAUCUUCUGUGGCCGGGCGACGCGCGUGGUCGAGGACGAGCUGGUCAAGCGGCUGCGGACCCCGAAGGACGAGGAGGACCGGAAGCAGCGCGUGCGGGGCAUCCUGGACACCAUCCGAACCUGCGGCCACGUCCUGGAAGUGGCCUUCCCUAUCCGCAGGGACAGCGGCAGCUGGGAGGUCAUCAAGGGCUACCGGGUCCAGCACAGCCAGCACCGCUUGCCCUGCAAAGGGGGGAUUCGUUACAGCCAAUCAGUUAGUGUUAAUGAAGUAAAAGCCUUAGCUGCUUUGAUGACAUAUAAAUGUGCAGUGGUGGAUGUUCCUUUUGGUGGGGCUAAAGCUGGUGUUGCUAUUGAUCCAAGGAAUUAUUCUGAGAAUGAACUGGAGAAAAUAACAAGAAGUUUCACAAUAGAAAUGGCCAAGAAGGGAUUUAUUGGUCCUGGAAUUGAUGUAGCUGCCCCUGAUGUGAGUACAGGAGAGAGGGAGAUGUCCUGGAUUGCUGAUACUUAUGCAAACACUCUUGGACACAGGGAUAUCAACUCCCAUGCUUGUGUGACAGGGAAGCCUAUCAGUCAGGGAGGAAUCCAUGGACGAAUAUCAGCCACAGGUCGUGGACUUUUACAUGGGAUAGAAAACUACAUUAACAAUGCAACAUACAUGGAUCUCAUUGGCCUCAAAACAGGCUUUUCUGGAAAAACAUUUGCAUUACAGGGCUUUGGCAAUGUGGGUGUGCAUUCCAUGCGAUACCUGCACCGCUAUGGAGCCCGUUGCAUAUGUGUUGGGGAAUUAGAUGGUGCCAUCUUUAAUGCUGAGGGGAUUGACCCCAAGGAACUACAAAACUACAAGCAGGAGCAUGGCACCAUUGUUGGCUUUCCAAAAGCCAAGAAACUUGAAGGCAGUGUCCUUGAAGUGCCUUGCGAUAUCCUUAUCCCUGCUGCCCUUGAGAAACAGCUGACAAAGGCAAAUGCUCAUCGCAUACAAGCAAAGAUAAUUGCAGAAGGUGCCAAUGGCCCCACAACCCCAGAAGCCCAUGACAUCUUCCUUCAAAGAAAGAUACUUGUUCUUCCGGAUUUGUACAUAAAUGCAGGUGGAGUGACAGUCUCCUUCUUUGAAUGGCUGAAGAAUUUGAACCAUGUCAGCUAUGGGCGUCUUACCUUCAAGUAUGAACGUGACUCCAACUACCACCUCUUGAUGUCAGUGCAGCAAAGUCUGGAGAAAAAGUUUGGGAAGACUAGUGGAGAAAUCCCAAUUGUACCCACACCAGAAUUCCAAGCCAGAGUGGCAGGUGCUUCAGAGAAAGAUAUUGUGCACUCAGGCUUGGCUUUCACCAUGGAACGUUCAGCCAGGCAAAUCAUGGGCACAGCCACAAAGUACAACCUAGGCCUGGACCAAAGAACUGCAGCAUACGUGUGUGCCUUAGAAAAGGUUUUUAAAGUUUACAGUGAAUCAAGUUUCACUUACUGAGGCUACUUGCCUACAUCCAUCUGUCUAUUGACUACAGAGAAAAGAAGAAAAUUGCCAUAAGAAAGUGAGCUCUAGGUGUCGCUGUGGAACCUUUCAACUUUUAUCUUUUGUUUAUAUCUCCUUCACGCUUUUCCUGUGCCCGAUAUCCUUCCUUGUUGCACAGUGGUAAGCCAUAUUUAAGCAGUUAUUUCUUUAUGUCUGAAAAUGGUGCCAGCAGUCUAAAGAUGCUGCUGCUUUGCUAAAUUGCCAUGUAAUUGUUAAAAUUAAAUGUCUAAUGAAA